AUGAGAAAAACUUUACUAAGAAGAAUAUUGUUCUACAAAUAUCAAACGUGUGCAAGAUAUAGUAAAGUAAAGAACAUGGAAAACAGAAAUUUGAAGGAGAAUUUAAAAUCUAUGAAGGAUGCAUAUGAUCCUAAAAGUGUGGAAUCAAAGUGGUAUACAUUUUGGGAACAAAAUGACUAUUUUAAACCAAAAAAAGAAUUAAUAAAAAUUAAAGAUAAUGCAAAUAAAUUUGUAAUUGUAUUACCGCCUCCUAAUAUUACUGGAACGUUACAUAUUGGUCAUACAUUAACAAUAGCUAUUCAGGAUUCGUUAGUUAGAUAUAAAAGAAUGAAAAAUUAUUUAACGUUAUAUAUACCUGGGACAGACCAUGCAGGUAUAGCAACUCAAACCGUUGUUGAAAAAAUGUUAUAUAAAAAAGAGAAAAAAGUAAGACAUGAUUAUGGAAGAGAUGAAUUUGUAAAAAAAAUAUAUGAGUGGAAAAAUUUGCAUGGUAAUAAAAUAAAUAACCAAAUAAGAAGAAUAGGUGCAUCCGUUGACUGGUCAAGAGAAUAUUUUACCAUGAAUGAGAAUUUGUCUAUUGCUGUUAAAGAAGCAUUUAUUAGAUUUUACGAUAGUGGACUAAUAUAUCGAGAUAAUAGAUUAGUAGCCUGGUGUCCUCAUUUGAAAACUGCUUUAUCAGAUAUAGAGGUUAAUCUUGAAGAAAUUAAAAAACCAACAAAAAUUAAAAUCCCUUCUUUUGAUCAUUUAGUAGAAGUAGGUGUUUUAUAUAAAUUUUUUUAUCAAAUAAAAGAUAGUCAAGAAAAAAUUGAAAUUGCAACAACUCGUAUUGAAACAAUGUUAGGAGAUGUCGCAGUGGCAGUACAUCCAAAUGAUAAAAGAUAUUCUCAUUUAGUAGGAAAAGAAUUAAUUCAUCCUUUCAUUUUGGAUAGAAAAUUAAUUGUUAUUGCUGAUACAUAUGUUGAUAUGGAAUAUGGUACAGGGGCAGUAAAAAUUACACCAGCACAUGAUAAAAAUGACUAUGAAAUGAUGAAAAGACAUAAUUUAAAAUAUAUUAAUAUAUUUACAUUAGAUGGACAUAUUAAUGAAAACGGAGGAGAAUUAUUUGCAGGUUUACAUCGAUUUGAAUGUAGGUUUAAAAUUCAAGAAGAAUUAAAAAAACGAAAUUUAUUGUCAGAUAAAAUUCCUAAUUCCAUGUCCUUACCCUUAUGCUCAAGAAGCAAUGAUAUCAUUGAAUAUAUGCUUAUUCCUCAAUGGUAUUUAAAUUGCUCAGAGCUAGCUAAACAGGCGAUCAGUUAUGUGAAGACUAAGGAACUAGCAAUUAUUCCUGCACAACACAUAAAUACCUGGUUUUAUUGGCUAGAAAAUGUUAGGGACUGGUGUAUAUCAAGACAGUUAUGGUGGGGUCAUCGGAUUCCUGCAUAUAAAAUUAUAAUGAAAGAUGACUUAACAGGGGAAAGCGCAGGCGCAGAAAAUCAAAAUAGUGGACAAAGUAAUGGACAAAAUAGAAGUCAGACAAGCAUCCAUAAUAACAAUAUCUGCUUGAAUCCUUAUGAACAAGGUCAGGAGCAAUGGGUAGUUGGGAAUUCCCAUGAGGAAUGCAUAGAGAAAGCAAAAAAGUUAAUAGGAGAAGAUAAACAGUUUGAAUUAAUUCAAGAUGAAGAUGUCCUGGAUACGUGGUUUUCUUCUUCUUUAGUUCCCUUUAGUUCAUUAGGAUGGCCAGAACAAACAGAAGACAUAGAAAAUUUCUUCCCGAAUACUAUUUUAGAAACUGGUCAGGAUAUAUUAUUUUUUUGGGUAGCUAGAAUGGUAAUAGUUUCCAUACAUUUAAUGAAAAAGUUACCAUUUAAUACAAUAUAUUUACAUGCUAUGAUAAGAGAUUCGAAAGGAGAAAAGAUGAGCAAAAGUAAAGGAAAUGUUGUGGAUCCUCUAGAUAUUAUUGAUGGAAUAACACUAGAAGGGUUACAUCAGAAAUUAUAUGAAGGAAAUUUACCAGAAAAAGAAAUUAAAAGAGCUAUAGAAUUACAAAAAAAAGAAUUCCCAAAGGGUAUACCUGAAUGUGGUACAGAUGCCUUAAGGUUUGGUCUACUAACCUACUUAAAACAAGGAAGAAAUGUAAAUUUAGAUAUUAAUAGAAUUAUUGGAUAUAGACAUUUUUGCAAUAAAUUAUGGAAUGCUGUCAAAUUUUUUCUAAAGACAUUACCAGAAAAUUAUGAUAAUUAUAAUAUUUUACUUUACAAACCUGAAUAUGUCAAAACCGUUAAGUGGGAGGACAAAUGGAUUUUACAUAGAUUAAAUAUAUAUAUUAAAAGUGCAAAUGAAAAUUUUAAUGCGUAUAAUUUUUCGGAAGUAGCAUUUGCUUCGUACAAUUUUUGGCUAUACGAUUUAUGUGAUAUUUAUUUAGAACUAAUAAAGGCACGCCUAAAUACAGAUUCGCAAGGAGAUGUACAAAAUAAGCAGUUACCAAAUGAAAAGAGACAAGAUGAUGUACCAUCUGGUAGUAAAACUACUAAUUACACUGCUGUUAAUACAACUGAUAACCCUGAUGGUGUACUAACUGAUAGUAAAAUGGAUGAUGGGCUUGAAGCAAAUAAAACGCUGCAUGCGUGUCUUGAUUAUGGCCUUAGACUUCUACAUCCAAUAUCUCCAUUCAUAACAGAAGAAUUAUAUCACAAAAUUGCAGCAGAAGCAUACAAAUUUGAUUCUAUUUCCAUAGCUAGUUAUCCAGAAUAUGUAGAAUUGUGGAAUAAUGAACAAGUUAAUUUAGAAAUGAAUACAUUUAUGAUCAUUGUUAAGCAAUUUAGAUCUUUUAUUUCAAAUCUUGAAAUUCCUCCAAAAUCUAAGCUAAAUUGUUUUAUUGCUGCAAAAAAUAAAGCAGAUGAAAUUUUUAUCGAAAAAGUAAAAAGUAAAAUCCAAGUAUUAGCCAAGCUAUCAUCCCUAAGUAUAGUUAAUUACAAUGUGGAUGAAUUAUCGCAGGAAUUAAAAAUUCAAAUUAAAAAAUGUCUAAAAGAUAUUAUUUCGAACCAAUUUAUUAUAUAUGUCCAGUCGACGGAAGAAUAUCUUAAACCCUUGUUACUUAAUAUGGUAAAUAAAAAUAAAAAGUUACAGAAUUCUUUAGAUUCGUAUUUAAAAAAAAUUAAUGAUCCAAAUUACGAACAAAAAGUUCCUGAACAAGUCAGAAAUUUAUAUAUGGAAAAAGUGGAGCAAUUAAAUUCUCAAAUACUGGAUAUAUCAAAUAUUAUAAUUGAAAUUAAUGAAUGCUUGAAAAAUUGA